UCGAUUGAGCUUGUUAUUGCAUAAGAUAUUCAAUUGACAGCCUCAACAUUUUUUUUAAUUCGAUGAACAGCUAGGUUUCUUUUGACAUUUUCUUAGCAAAGGCACCAUACCUCUAUCUGUCAUCAAGUGACAACCAAUUGAGUAAGCCAACAACAUAGCAUUUUCUUAGUUAGCAAAGAUACCAUUCUUCUCUGUCCUUGAUGACCAGAAAUUUAUCUUUUGAUGCUUUCCUGUCCUUGUUAAGAAAAGACUUUUUUAAUCGUUCAUACCAGUCUAAUCUGCUCAAAAUAACAACAACAGCAGCAGGAGGAGCAGCAGCAGCAGCAGCAGCAAUAAUAAUAAUAAUAAUAAUAAUAAUAAUAAUGUCAAGCGCAGCAGUCAUGCCCGGCACCCACGUCCUCGAAGAAUUAUUCUUCAGUCAUCCAGCAUCAAUUUUCUCCAAAACAAACAAAAAUCUCCAGCUCCAAUGGCUCGCACCUCCCAUACACAAACAAGUGGUCGGCAUCAUCGCCAUGAGAAAAACACAACCCUUCUCCUCUAUAAAAAAAGACACGCAAUGCAACUUCUUGUUGUUCCCAUCACAAGUUAGUACCAUCUCUGCUAGGAAGAGAAGCCGAAAUGGCGGAGAAAAAGCAAGAGGACGGCGUCGGAGCUGGAUGCCCAAUAGUGGAGGUGAAUCCAAAGCCGCAAAAAGGACUGACUUCAAAACUCGUCGACUGCUUGGAAAAGCUGAUUAUGAAAUUGAUGCAUGAUACCUCUCAAUCACAUCCUUAUCUCUCCGGUAACUUCGCUCCGGUUGAAGAAACUGCUCCCGUUAAGGACCUUCCUGUCGAAGGUCACCUCCCUGAAUGCAUGAAUGGGGAGUUUGUGAGGGUGGGUCCUAACCCGAAGUUUGCACCUGUGGCUGGAUACAAUUGGUUUGAUGGAGACGGAAUGAUUCAUGGUAUGCGCAUCAAGGAUGGAAAGGCAGCAUAUGUCAGUCGAUUUGUCAGGACAUCACGACUUAAACAAGAAGAGUUUUUUGGAGGUGCCAAGUUUAUGAAGAUUGGAGACCUCAAGGGGCUGUUUGGAUUGCUUAUGGUUAACAUACAAAUACUUCGACUGAAAACAAAAGUAUUGGACAGGUCAUAUGGAAUUGGGACCGGCAAUACAAAUCUCAUUUAUCACAAUGGAAAACUUUUAGCACUUCAAGAGGCUGAUAAACCCUACGUGGUUAAAGUUAUGGAAGAUGGAGAUCUGCAAACUCUUGGCCUGUUGGAUUACGACAAAAGACUAAAACAUCCUUUCACUGCUCAUCCAAAGGUGGAUCCAUUCACUGGAGAGAUGUUUACCUUUGGGUAUUCACAUGAACCACCAUAUGUGACAUACAGAGUCAUUUCAAAGGAUGGUGCCAUGCAUGACCCUGUACCAAUAACAAUAUCAGACCCCAUCAUGAUGCAUGACUUUGCAAUUACAGAGAACUAUGCAGUUUUUUUGGAUCUUCCUUUGUACUUCCGACCAAAGGAAAUGGUGAAAGAUAAGAAGUUCAUAUUCACAUUUGAUGCAACAAAAAAAGCUCGUUUUGGUGUCCUUCCACGAUAUGCUAAGGAUGACCUCCUAAUCAAAUGGUUUGAGCUUCCAAAUUGCUUCAUAUUCCACAAUGCCAAUGCCUGGGAGGAGGAGGAUGAGAUUGUUUUAAUCACUUGCCGCCUUCAAGAUCCAGGGUUGGAUGUGGCCAAUGGGGCUGUCAAAGAAAAGCAAGAGAAUUUUGUAGAUGAACUGUAUGAGAUGAGAUUCAAUAUGAAAACUGGUGUAGCUUCACAAAAGAAACUAUCAGAAUCUGCUGUUGAUUUUCCCAGGGUGAAUGAGAGUUACACUGGCAGGAAACAAAGAUAUGUAUACGGAACCCUUCUGGACAGCAUUGCAAAGGUCACAGGGAUUGUCAAAUUUGAUCUACAUUCAGAGCCUGAGCCAGGAAAAGGAAAGAUUGAAGUUGGAGGAAACGUCAAAGGCAUCUUUGACCUUGGUCCUGGUAGAUUUGGUUCAGAGGCUAUCUUUAUCCCUCGUGAGCCAGGCACCACUUCCGAGGAAGAUGAUGGCUACCUGAUAUUCUUUGCACAUGAUGAAAAUACUGGAAAAUCAUCAGUGAAUGUAAUUGAUGCAAAAACAAUGUCAGCCAAUCCUGUUGCAGUUGUUGAGUUACCACACAGAGUUCCAUAUGGGUUCCAUGCCUUCUUUGUUUCAGAGGAACAACUUCAAGAACAGGAAAAACUGUAAUUGCGCAGCAGAGUGUCUAGACAACCAUUUCGGCAUGAGAUGGCAGACCAUCUGUCAAACGGAGAACCGGAAGCAAAGCAACUGUUAUCACUGCUACAAACACCCCCUCAUCUACCAGAGAGGUGGUAUUCAACUGUCAUAUUUCAUACUCAACUUUACGCAAAUGUCAGUUUUUAUGUUACCAGGAUGACUACUUAUAUGAGUUUUCUCCAAUUUAUUUUGCUUAGAAUAAUAAAGAAAAUCACUAAAUCUUCAGAUUAA